AUGAGCACUCAGGAAAACUACGACCCAAAGGUGCAUCACGCACCCGCACCCGCACCCCCACAUGCGCAGACCGGCCAUGGUCAAUUGCAACCGGACGAAGAAAAGCAAUGUACAAAUGCACCUGUCGUGGCAAAGAAAUCUGUCUACGCCGGACUCGGCUGGCUCGACCGUCUUCUCGCACUCUGGAUCUUGCUCGCCAUUGUCAUUGGGAUUCUGCUAGGCAAUUUCGUCGAAAGUGUUGGACCGGCACUGCAGCGAGGGAAAUUUGUUGAUGUGUCUGUUCCUAUUGCCGUGGGUCUUUUGGUAAUGAUGUAUCCCAUUUUAUGCAAAGUAAAGUAUGAAUCUUUACACCGGGUAUUUGCGCAUCGUCAGAUUUGGGUACAGUUAGGUUUUAGUAUUUUGGUUAAUUGGGUUGUGGCACCUCUCUUAAUGCUCGGGUUGGCCUGGGCAUUCCUCCCAGAUGAACCGGGCUUAAGAAACGGUCUAAUAUUUGUCGGGCUGGCCCGUUGCAUUGCGAUGGUUUUGAUCUGGACUGGUCUUGCCGGUGGCGACGAGGAGUACUGUGCCAUAUUGGUCGCUGUGAAUUCUAUUCUUCAAAUGGUGCUCUACGCCCCGCUUGCAAUCCUCUUUGUCAACGUCAUCAGCCAUGGAACCGCUAGGUCUGCCUCCUACCCAGUCGUUGCACGUAGUGUUGGCGUUUUCCUUGGAAUACCUCUUGGUGCAGCGAUUGCAACUCGAUUUAUACUUCGUGCCAUCAAUGCCAAAUGGUACGAUCAGAAAUUCAUCAAAUGGAUUGCGCCUUGGUCGCUCGUCGGACUCCUAUACACUAUAUUGGUGAUGUUUGCGUCACAGGGGAAACAGGUUGUGCACCAAAUUGUCUCGGUUGUGCGGGUUGCAGCACCACUUAUCGUUUACUUUGUGGUUAUCUUUUCUUUGACCCUGUGGGUCACGAAAAAGUUGGGCUUUGGAUACAAGCUAUCAACGACGCAAAGCUUCACGGCAGCUAGCAACAACUUCGAGCUGGCAAUCGCCGUUGCAGUUGCAACUUUCGGAGCAAACAGUGACGAAGCGCUGGCGACAACGGUUGGCCCACUGAUAGAGGUUCCUGUUCUAAUUUCACUAGUCUACUUUGUCAGGUGGAUUGCACCGCGAUGGAGAUGGAAAGAUUAA